AGACUCUGGAGGGUGCAAGGAAGUGUCUUAGUUGAGCUGGGCUGGGACGGGAAGGUAGACUGAAGCUGCCUGAACCGCUCAUCCCGCUCAUCCCGCUCAUCCCGUUGGGUCUGAGCUCCCAGAGGGGCGGUUCCGCAUGCCUGGAAGGACUCUAAGCACCCUCAGACCUUUUACUCUGAGGCUCAAGCCAAUCCUUCAGGGUGCUUGCUGAGUUGGUGACCUAACUCUGGAACUGGUGUCCCUGGGACUCACUGCCCAGCUUCACUUCAUUCAGCACCAUGGAAGAUGAUGGUUACAACUACUAUGGGGCUGACAACCAGUCUGAAUGUGACUACGCAGACUGGACGCCCUCUGGAGCGCUCAUUCCUGCCAUCUACAUGCUGGUUUUCCUUCUAGGCACCACAGGCAAUGGCCUGGUGCUCUGGACCGUGUUUCGAACCAGCCGCGAAAAGAGACGCUCAGCUGACAUCUUCAUUGCCAGCCUGGCAGUGGCUGACUUGACUUUUGUGGUGACUUUGCCACUGUGGGCUACUUAUACCUACCGGGAGUUUGACUGGCCUUUUGGAACCUUCUCUUGCAAGCUCAGCAGCUACCUCAUCUUUGUCAACAUGUACGCCAGUGUCUUUUGCCUCACCGGCCUCAGCUUUGACCGAUACCUGGCCAUUGUCAGGCCGGUGGCCAAUGCUCGACUAAGGCUGCGAGUCAGCGGGGCCGUGGCCACAGCAGUCUUAUGGGUGCUGGCUGCCCUUCUAGCUGUGCCUGUCAUGGUGUUCCGUUCCACAGAAGCCCCAGAAAAUGGCACCAAGAUCCAGUGCUACAUGGACUACUCUAUGGUGGCCACUUCAAACUCAGAGUGGGCCUGGGAGGUGGGCCUUGGGGUGUCCUCCACUGCCGUGGGCUUUGUGGUGCCCUUCACCAUCAUGCUGACAUGUUACUUCUUCAUUGCCCAAACCAUCGCUGGCCAUUUCCGAAAGGAGCGCAUUGAGGGCCUGCGGAAGAGGCGCCGGCUGCUCAGCAUUAUCGUGGUGCUGGUGGUGACCUUUGCCCUGUGCUGGAUGCCUUACCACCUGGUGAAGACUCUCUACAUGCUGGGCAAUUUGCUGCACUGGCCCUGUGACUUUGACAGCUUCCUCAUGAAUGUCUUUCCCUACUGCACCUGCAUCAGUUAUGUCAACAGCUGCCUCAACCCCUUCCUCUAUGCCUUCUUUGACCCCCGAUUUCGCCAAGCCUGCACCUCCAUGCUCUGCUGUGAUCAGAGCGGGUGUAAAGGCACCCCUCACAGCAGUAGUGCCGAGAAGUCAGCCAGUUAUUCUUCCGGUCACAGCCAGGGCCCUGGCCCCAACAUGGGAAAGGGAGGAGAGCAGAUGCAUGAGAAAUCGAUUCCCUAUAGUCAAGAAACCCUUGUGGACUAGGGCUGGGACCAGAGGGAAGCCUGGUGCAGCGGGUCUGACCCAAACUUUAUCCUCACGCUCUGAGAAUCAGGUAGCAUGGCUGUACUUUCUCCCGGAUUCCUCACUCCGUUCUCUUGCUCACCGAGUUCUGCCUUGCCCCUCUCAGAUGUUUGUGGUUUAGUGGAAAGGGAUGGAGCCUGCAAACAGCCCAGCUGUUCAACAUUUCUGAGGUUGACCUUGCACAAGUCUCUUAACUUCCUUAAACUUCAGUUUCUUUGUUUAUAAUAAAUGGGGUAAGGUUAUAUGGACCCUAAAAUGUUGAAGUGUGAGUCCUGAUCUAAUUUGCUUCUUUCUGCCGUUUUUUCCCCCCUCAGCUCUCUAGCACCCCUUUGUGUUUUCUCUGCUGGGGAAAUUAUUUCUGUCAACUACUCACUUGCUAGAUCUAACUCUUUCUCUUCUAGUGGGUUCCUUCCCCUCAAACCUUCCUGUCUGUACCCCAGCGCCUUCUUCCCUGCUGGCCUCUUAAGGGUUAAGUACCCUGAAACUUGAAGAGUAACUUAUCCUUUGAGUUCUUGUCCUGUUUUCUGCGAGCCAGCAGGUGGCUGUAUGUAGGCAAAGAAUUAGUGCUCUAGUCCCCAGAGCCAGGAGCUCUGUAUCUUUCACAAAAGUUGGAUCAUUGUUGGUCCAAGCACCAGGGCUAGAUGAAUUUUUGAAUAGCAAUUUCUCUUUGGCAGAAUCUCUGUGAUGCUUAGUGAAUAGUGCAUCCUACCAAUAACCCAGCAUCCUCCCCAUCAUUUUAAAAAAAAAAACUGUCUGUGAGAAUGUCAAGGCAACAGGACUGAAGAAGCUGUGGAUUGUCCCGUCCCUCUGAAGGGGGGAGUUGGGAAGGGACAACAGAGAAAGGAUUAGAGGGGAGUCUGUAUUUAGUUUGUAUGCUGCUUGCCUCCCCUCCCCCAAUCCUCAUCCCUCCACCUCCUACAGAACUGUGAACUGUAGAGCUGAUCUUUCUCCUGUCUCCUCCCCCACCCCACCAUCUCUAUAGGUUUUGGUGCUACUUGGCACCAAGAGUCACUCACUUGGUUAGGUAAGGCUAUUUGCUUUUUGUCUAUAUGGGUGUAUAUAAAUGUAUAUCAACGUGCACAUGCACGUGUGUGUACACACACACACAUACACAAGUAUCGAAUAAACUUUAUCGAUGAAGGACUAGGGUGAAACCCCACUCACUUUCCCCUGUGCCUCUGUAGGUCUCAGAGUCCACUUGGGGAAGAAUGGACCUAUGGAGGUAGAAUAGAUCCAUUGUGGAUCCACCCCCACUGGAUUUGGGGAACUCCGACGGCUGGUCCGUAUCUAGGAAAGAAGUCUAUGUUUGUGCUAGGCUUUCUGUAGGGAGCUGUUUUCUCAGUGGCAUCUAGUCUUAAGGCUGGAGAAGUCUGGAGCUGGGCCCCAGUUCCUCUCCCAGUUCCACAGUAGCAAGAAGAGACUUACAGACUAUAUAUAGCAGGGCCCUUCUCCUCUGUCUCUCCCUGCCUCUGACUUUUUUCUCACUCCUCUCACUCUCUUUAGGGGUCUGUGGUCCUCUUCUUAAGGAGGCCACUUUUUUGCCACAGGAUGAUGAAUACAGGGUGAGCUUUUGUGAUCCUCUCCAUCAGGACUGAGCCUCUUGGCUCUCCUGGCUCCUCUUUCUCCUUUAGGGGGGAGUAAGGUUGGGAAAGAGUGACUGAAGCCUCUGUGGGGAUCUCCAGGACAAACUUAAUAGUGGGGCCUUUGUGAGCUGGACAUGGGUGUGCAUAUUCCGGGUUUUGUUCUUGGAGGGUUCUGGAAAUCAAGGACAAGACAUAUUCCAUGGAAACAGGAAGAGCUCGGCUUGAUGCAGUUGGACCAUCUCUGGCAGAGAUCCUGCUCCUAGAGUAGGAAAGGGGGUUGUGGUGGUGGGGGAUGGAGAAAGCAGCUCCUCUUAGCUGAGCUCUGCAUAUCUCAGGCCAGAAACUUUCACACAGCUACUUUCUCUGCCAGGCCAUUCUCAAAGCAGCCAGUUCGAGCUGCAGGAGGCUUCUGGGAGACAGCAAACUCAACCACAGCAUGGGACAGAUAGCAGCAGAGGCAGCUUUUCCUCACCCCCACCCCUUCUUCAGGAUGCGCUUUUUUUUAAAAAUGAUCUUGUUACUCACUGUGGUUCAUCAAAUAAAAUUGUUUUGUGUA